GGGUGCGGCAUGCGCUGCUACAAGUAAUAACGCAAGUGAGCAUAGUUGACGAAUAGUGACAAGACAAAUAUAAUGAUGAAAUGUACGUCUUAGGCCGUCAGCAAUAAUUUUAUUUCGAAUUUCUUUUUGUACAUUUGUAGAGCGAAGUUUAGUAUUUACGGUAAGUGAAUGUAUUUAGUGAGCACACGCGUCCCGGUUAUGAUUGAGCUUACGUCCGAGGUGCUAUCAAACGAAUUUUGAAUGCAGUGGAUUGUUAGCUGGGAUGACAGUUUCAAACGAAAUGCUUUUCAAUCGAAUUUCAUGGUAAAAGUAAUAAUAUCGCGAGGUGGAAGAAAGCGAAAAUUCUUCUUGAAUGUGUUUUAACCGUGUCUACGUAAUUUGAAAGAUGCGUGAGUACAAGAUCGUUGUACUAGGUUCUGGAGGUGUAGGUAAAUCAGCUUUAACCGUACAAUUCGUGCAAGGUAUAUUCGUAGAAAAAUAUGAUCCAACAAUAGAAGAUAGUUAUAGGAAACAAGUCGAAGUAGACGGACAACAAUGUAUGCUCGAAAUAUUAGAUACAGCCGGAACAGAGCAAUUCACAGCAAUGAGAGAUUUGUACAUGAAAAACGGCCAGGGCUUUAUUUUGGUUUAUUCGAUAACAGCACAGUCGACUUUUAACGAUCUUCAGGAUUUACGAGAGCAAAUACUUAGAGUGAAGGAUACCGACGAUGUUCCAAUGGUCUUAGUGGGUAACAAGUGUGAUUUGGAGGAUGAAAGAGUCGUGGGUAAAGAACAGGGAAUCAGUCUUUCACGCCAGUUCAGCUGUGCCUUCAUGGAAACCUCUGCCAAAGCAAAAAUUAAUGUUUAUGAUAUAUUUUAUGAUCUAGUUCGACAAAUCAAUAAGAAAUCUCCUGAGAAGAAGCAGAAGCAGAAAAAGAAAUCUCUCUGUGUGCUGUUGUAAAUUUAGAAGAUCUCUUGGAACCAAAAAGUACAUUAAAAAAUUAAAAGACUAUAUAUAUUUAUAAAUAAAUAUAUAUGUAGAGUGUAAAGGAGGCAAGUGCGGACUAAAAGUCUCUUGCAGUGAAAGUUUUUUUAAAGUUCUGUAUAUCAUUCUUUUAACACUAAUUUAAAUAUUUGUAAUAAAUAAAGUUGUCAGUUAAUUUUUCCACUGUCAAGGUUGUUAUUAAAUGAUAUAGAUGCUGCAAUUUUAGUGAUAGAGUAUUUUGAAAUACUGCCAAUUACGUGGUGUCAAAUAGAGAUAGAGAUUUUGUGAAUUAGUGGUAUUUGCUACUUCUGAUUCAAGACUAUCUACAGGACAAUACUUGAUCAAACUGAAUCCAUGUGUAAAUUAUGGCUCACGCAUUCAAGUCCCUUGAUUCGAUACCGCAUAUAUCCCCCCUGUGGUGAAGGCUAAACAUCAGUUAAACAAAAUACAACGCCACCUCCAUCACACCAACAUCACUUACAUUAUGGGUCUUAUGUAUAAAAUUUAAAAUACAUUAAUGCUUCCGAAUGAAAAACAAUCACUUUUGGAUUUUGAGAAUGUCCAACGUAAAACUUCCUUAAAGUUAUUAGGCAUUUUGUAUAUAGCUUUUUUGGAAAAUGUAUUUCAUUUGAUUAUUUUUAAACGUUUAAAUUUAUAUCUUUUGUUUGUUGUAUUGAAAAGUUCACUUAUAGCGUUUUCUAAUUUGUAUAAUUAGCUGAAAAAAUGUAAUGUAUAUUUUUUAAUUUUCUGUAUAUUCAUGUGAUUUAUUUUGAAAAAUUUCAAGUAAAAAUAUAUUCAAAUACCAGUGAUCUUUUCA